AUGGGCAAAUCUAUCAACGCGAAGGCAUCCUCGGCGAUGACAAAAAAGUCGGGCGUGUCUAAGAUGAAAACGACCUCUGUGGCUAAAAAGUCCGUCAAGAAACGAGUGGAAAUUGACCUACAACAGCCUAAAGACAGGGAUCCCAUCGAUUCCAAGAUGGUGUCUGAAACCCAAACUGAAGAGAAGCGUGUUACCGACGACAAUGAAGCGCAACGCAUGGCUGAUGAGAUUGAGGCGAAACGAAUCGCCGAACGAGAAGCUCGCAGGAGUGGACAUUACGACAGCAUUGUUCCAAACCUGUCGGAGUGGUGGAUGAAGAAU